AUGCUGGGACGGUCGGUCCGUGCUCCACCAAUCUUCUCGGACCCCUAUAGCUCCGACGAGGAGUUGUGCUUGUUCAGGAUGUCCGCCGUCGUCUCGACUUGGCCCUCCCUCAAUCCGCUGCUCCAGCAUCCUUUUUCUCACGGCGCAGCCCGCUGUGGACUCGGUGCUCGGCGGCGCGGCACGGUUGGUAUUGCGGUGCAGUUCAUGGCCUCCUGUUUUUUUUCCCUUGGCCAUCCUUUCUCGGCUUCCUCCAUGGUGCAUGCAGGCCCAGGCGUCGUCAUGGUCAAUGCUGGAAGGAUGCAGUGUGUGGCAGGAUGCGGUAUGUGA